GCCAUUACACCGAUUCUGUUGCAAAGCGUUUGGCAACAGAAACCGUUCACUCUAAACGGAAAACGCAAAGGAGUUUAUAUUGGACAAAUCCAGGAAUAAAAAUACACUUCCGGUGACGUGGCUCCUCUGGAAAAGGGGAAGCCGUGGCAGGAAAGUUAGCUGCGGAAUCAGCUGGAGAGUGGAACAGCAGCUCUCGCCUACCUCACUGAGCUGGAUGGCAGGGACACACUGGUGGAAGAACUUCAGGAAUCACAACAGGGUGCUCUCUGGAACGAGGGACGGAUGAAAUCAGGAGGUGGUAGGCCCAGCUGGGCAUUGGCUGCACUGUUCACUGGUGCUGCCCUGCUGGUCAUCUCCUCCAGAGGGGCAUCCAGUGGGAAGAUGAUGUCCCAGGCAGCCAUGGCUCAUGCCACAGCCACAGCUGCUGGAUCAGGCCCAGGGCUUCCAGAUGAGUUCCUAGGCUUCCAGGCCUUAGCUGACUUCUUUGCAAGUGAACGUGCUGAUGUCUGGCUCUGCUCUCUGGUUGGGUCUGUUGCUGUAGGCCUCACUGGAAUUUUCCCCCUUCUUGUUAUUCCUAUUGAGGCAGGAGCGGCCCUCGAGACAGCGGCUGGCUGUCGGAAGCUAAAGCAGCUUCUGAGCUUUGCCAUUGGUGGUCUCUUGGGUGACGUGUUCCUCCACUUGCUCCCGGAGGCUUGGGCACAUUCCCACUCCUGCAGCCCAGAUGAGAGCCAGCUCCACUACAGGACCCAGGGCCUGUGGGUUAUCAUGGGCAUGCUGUCCUUCCUUCUCCUGGAGAAGAUGUUCCCAGAUGAGAACAGUCAGGAGGACUCCAUUGGUAACAGCCAGCAUGUCCCUACCUCCCAUAGCUCAGACUCCAGUAGUGAGGCGUUGUCCCACAUCAAUGGGCACCAUUCUGAUACGUGGAGCUCGCCCUGCAAGACAAAAAGCAGCUUGCAGGAAGUGCCAAAGAAAAUAAAGACGAGCGGGUACCUGAACCUGCUGGCUAACUGCAUUGACAACUUCACUCAUGGCCUGGCUGUGGCAGGGAGCUUCCUGGUCAGCAGGAAGGUUGGGUGUCUCACCACCUUUGCCAUCCUGCUCCAUGAAAUUCCCCAUGAAGUGGGUGACUUUGCCAUCCUGCUGCGUGCAGGGUUUGACCGCUGGAGUGCCGCCCGCAUGCAGCUAUCCACAGCCCUGGGAGGGGUGCUGGGGGCCUGUUUUGCCCUGUGUGCCCAGUCUCCCAGAGGGACAGAAAAUGCAACAGCAUGGAUCUUACCAUUCUCCUCGGGAGGCUUCCUGUACAUAGCCCUGGUCAACGUGGUGCCUGACCUCCUGGAGGAGACCAGCCUCGGACACUCCCUGUUGCAGAUCCUGCUCCUGUGCUGUGGCAUUGCCGCCAUGGCCGUCUUGUCUGCCGUAGUGGAUUGAGCUCAAAAGACAAGCCUGCUUUACCAAAAUAUAAUUGAAAACAUCACCGCAACAUUCACUGGACUGGGACGCAAUCCCACUUUCUAUAAAGUUAAGUCCUCCGAUUGCAUUCAGUUGCCCUUUUUAUUAUAUUGAACUUUUUUUUAUACUCCACCUAGUGCCAAAACAUCCUAUCAACAUGGACGCGAUCUGACAAUCAGAACGGCACCUUGAAUCAUGAUACCUGCUUUUUCUAUCAGGACUCUAGACCAACUGUGUCCACCUUGUCUGCUGAUCUCUGACUACUGUCUGUGUGGACACUAACGUGCCAAACCCAGACAGAGACAGGCAUUUUGAAAUGGCAAGAGAGCUAAAGAAAGCUUAUUGAAGCUUUCAUGGAAGUGACUGGACUAUCUGAGAGCAUCAGACCAUAAUGGGCAGACACUCAGUCUCAGUCUUUAUUGCACACAUACUCAAACAGGUCAUAUCAGACACAUAUGAGCAGCUCAUGCAUACUGUACAAACUUAAUCUCACAUGGCUUUACCAUAUUUAAAUGCGUACACAUUUCCUUACAUUCUUCAUAUUGUAUGCUCAUGUGCUGCUUUCUAUUUGUCUCUUUCAGGCUAAUUUAUAUUUAUUGUGUCUUAUUGUGUCUUAUUGGUUUCUGUAUCUGCUUGUACUGCCUAGUAUUUAUUGAAUUAUUUCAGAAUGUAACAUGGUGCAAUGUUUUUGUCAAAUUCUGUUGUGACUUCCAUCACGCACCAUUGUGUUUUCUGUACGGUUAAUCUGUUACAUUGAUGUAUAUUCAAGCAAAAAGAGCAUGUAUUUUUCAAUUGCAUACAAUGCUAAUUUGUUAAGAGACACUCAACUCAGACAGAUAUAUUUGAAACUCCUUAAUUAUGAGAGCUUAAUUUCAGGAAAAUAUGAUUUAGAAAUGUUAUAAUAAUAUUAUGCAAAAUAUUUUUGUGGUCUUGAUUUUACUAUAUAGUGCUUUCAGAAAGUAUUCACACCCCUUGACUUUUUCCAUGUUUUUUACAAAGUGGGAUCGAAAACAUAUAUAUAUAUUUUUUUAAGCAGCAAUCUACAAUACUCGCGUCAAAGUUUUAAAGAAAUAAUUUUUAAAAAAUAUUGGAAAAUAAAUCUCUCUUGAUUAGUUAAGUAUCCAACCCCCUGAGUCUGUUAAACACCUUUGGCAGCGAUUACAGCUGCGUUUCUGGUUUCUUCUAGGAUUUUGUCUGUGCUUAGCUCUAUUUAGUUUAUUUUUUAACCGAAACAACGUAUUCCUUGCUGUUGACAAGCACACAACAUGAUGCAAUCAUGUUGAGAAUAUGAAGUGCUACACUGUUGUGUUGGACCCAAACAUAAUGCUUUGUAUUCAGGACAAAAAGUUCAUUUCUUUUCCACAUUAUUUUCAGUAUUACUUUAGUGCCUUGUCUCAAACAGGAUGCAUGUUUCUAAAUAUUUGUCGUCUUUUCAGUCUGUCAGUAUUGUGGAGUAACUAAAGUACAAUGUUGUUCCAUCCUCCAUUAAACUCUUAUUUUAAAAUUGCUAAUAGCCCCAUGGUGAAAUCCCUGAGCGGUUUCCUUCCUCUCUUGCAACUGAAUUGGGAAUGGCGCCUGAAUCUUUUAUCGUGACUGGGUAUAAUGAUACACCGUCCAAAGUGUUAACUGCAUCAUGCUCAAAUGGAUGUGUAAUGUCUGCCCCCCCACACCCUAUUAUUGCGCAGAGUCCGUGCAAUUUAUUUGACUUGU